CAUUUAAGAAAGUAAAGUCGCUGAUUUUGGAUUCAAUGUCGUGCAAAAAAAUUGUGCGUUCAAUAAAAAAAACCAAUCACUUUCAUACAUCGAUCCAAACAUGGCUGAAUCGUCUCAUUCGUGCAAUAACAAAGGCGCCAUAGUUUUGUUAAAAAAGCUAUGCCCGGAUUGUGAGGAACCAUUCAGCAGAUUUCAAAAUAUGAAAAGGCACAUAUUCACUAAGCACGGCAAGGAUCUCACAACACGUUCGAAGAAAGACCAUGGCAAAUCAACAGACGGAAUUCCAGUGCAUGUCUACAACACAAGCAACGUGAAGAAAUACACACAAGAAGGCACAGCAAUCAUUGUUAAAUUCGCUUGCCCAGGUUGUCGCGACAUAUUUAAAACUGUUUCAGAACUCGCGCAUCACGUCGACAAUAACCAUGUAAAAAGAGCGCCAUCGCUUGAAAACCUAUCUCCUGGAGACAAACGAUGGGUCCUGGAUGGUCACGAUGUUUCAAGCCAAUUCCACGAAUAUCGCCGAUCUUGUAUUACUGCGUCGCAGAAACCGUUUCAAGAAAGUCACUUCGAAAGACUUCUUCUAAGUUGUAUCGAUCUCUUUCAGAUACCCGUUGUAUCUCUCAAAGCUGAAGAGCCAAAAUCCGUACAAGGGGCCGAUCAAGGAUCGUCAUAUCCAGAUGCAUAUUAAACGGCAUGCGUUGACAAAAAGUAGCCAAUUCUGAAGCAAACGAUCUUCGAGGUGUCCCUGCAGCACAAAAGUCGGGUGGGAGGA